AACGCUAGAGCUCUGGCUGUCUUUUUCCAUUAGAGAAAGCCGAGACCGCUAUGUGUGGACAGGGCGAAGGACAACGAGCGCCUUAACCGAGUCUGCGGGAUUGAGUAGCUAGUUAAGUGUGUUUCGAAGAUGAAAUACAGAUAACUACGGUUUAAACUGGGCCGUGGCUGCGGCUGGGAAGAGUUUCUACACGGAGAAAAAUGGAAAAGCAGCCGAAGCCGCCGCCGCUGCUGCUGUUGUCCUCGCAGCUCAGCUUCCAAAACAGGGUCUGUGAGGUGACAUUAAACAGCGCUUUCCUCUCCUGGAAAGAGGUGGAGACGAGACCAAAACGGACCUCGGGCAACAUUUAUGGUCCUCUGAAGGCUGCAGGCAGCCACUACGUGCCAGUGUGUGAGAUCAUAUCCGUCCAGGAGACGGAGGAAGAUUGCCCAAGCACAGACACAGGAAAGUGGCAGAAAGUUCCACAAAGUGUAGCUGAAUCUAACCAGCACGCUUUCACAGUGUCCUAUGUGGAGAGGACUCAGAAACACCGCUGGCGGUGCAGUGAAGUCACCCUCCAUUGCACUGAUAGGACACUGUGUCUGCAAUGGGUCCAAGCCAUCAGGGAGCAGCUCUCACUAUUGACUAUCCGACCGAAGCACUUGCUGGUCUACAUAAAUCCCUAUGGAGGGAAACACCACGGGAAAAGGAUUUAUGAGCAGAAAGUAGCCCCAAUUUUUUCCCGUGCCUCUAUUUCCACUGACGUGAUUGUUACAGAGCGGGCGAAUCAUGCCAGGGACCACUUGAAAACGGAGGCUGAUUUAAAGAAAUACGACGGGGUGGUUUGUGUUGGAGGAGACGGCAUGUUCAGCGAAAUCAUACACGGCCUCAUCUCCCGUACGCAGUGCGACUCCGGCGUGGACCAGGACUGUUCAGACGAGCCUCUGAUUCCUUGCAGCCUUCGUAUCGGCAUCAUUCCUGCAGGUUCGACUGACUGCAUAUGCUACGCGACGGUCGGCUCUAACGACCCCGUGACCUCGGCUCUGCACAUCGUCGUGGGAGAUUCCCAGCCAAUGGACGUCUGCUCCAUCCACCAUAACAAAACCUUUCUCCGCUACUCCGUCUCGCUGCUUGGUUACGGUUUCUAUGGCGACGUACUGACCGACAGCGAGAGGAAGCGUUGGAUGGGCCCGGCUCGCUACGACAUCUCAGGUGUUAAAACGUUUCUGUCACAUCGCUACUAUGAAGGGACGAUCUCUUUCCUUCCUGCCGAUGAGAAUGUAGGAACUCCGCGUGACAAGCUGCAGUGCCGAUCUGGGUGUGAUAUCUGCAGGCUGCCUUCAGCAGACAAGCAGGUUUCCAAAGAUGAGGAAAGUGUCUCGGAUACCGAGACAAAAGGAGUGUGGAAGGUCAUCAGGGGAAAGUUUUUGGCCAUCAAUGCUGCAUGUAUGAGCUGUGCUUGUCCUCGCAGCCCCAAAGGCCUGUCUCCCUCUGCACACCUGGCCGAUGGCACAGCUGACCUCAUCCUGGUGCGCAAGUGCUCACGAUUUGACUUCCUGCGCCACCUGCUGCGACACACCAACAAAGACGACCAGUUUGACCACCCGUUUGUGGAGGUGUACCGAGUGCGACAGUUCCGCUUCACGCCCAGGUACGAGGACACCGACUCUGAGCUGGACCUUAGGGAGACCGAGGGCUCUGGUCGUAAACGCUUCUUCAGCCAGAUAUGCAGAGAGCAUCCGGCAUGCAGCUGCAGCCUGGCGCACAGUAGCUGGAAUUGUGACGGAGAAAUCCUGCCUCAUGCUGCCAUUCAAGUCAGAGUGCACUGCCAGUUGAUCAAGCUGUUUGCAAGAGGAAUUGAAGAGCAGUCCGUCUUUGAGGAACCGUAUGCUUUCAGUGCAAUAUAGAGCUGCCUGUCACUGGAAAGGGAAAAAAAUCGAACUUGCCGAACCAUGAAGAAUCCCAAACUUUUAGGUCACAUUUGGGUUAACGAGAUGCUGUUACAAGUUCCAGUGCAUGUUAAUUUAUAGUGUUUGCAGGAAGUGACAUCAUUAGUUUGCUAGUGUGCACCACGGUUGAGUAGAUAGCAUCUAGCUGUCUAUUUAUAGAUCACUGAAAUUGCAACAGCAAAAGCUCAGAUGGGUUAAACCUGCAUCCCCACAGUAUUGCUAUGUUUUAACAGAUUCCUUCUUUUAGAGUGACUAUGUUGCUAAUUAUUUCUUUUACCCCACCCAACAUGUUCUAAGGUUAACUGUUCAGCAUGACUUCUGUCUUUCUUCCUCUAUUGUCAAGCUGGUCUUGAUGUUUUGGACAGCAGUAUCCCCAAGUUUAAACCUAACGCUCAAGUAUUUUCUUUAAAGGGAGUGAAGUACCCAACAUUAUCCUGCAGUAGUUUCUGUCAUUAAAUGUAAUGUAUUUAGUUACUUCAAUUAUUUCCCGGAAAUUGUAUUACAGCUAUUGUUGUAAUAUUUAGCUGUUAUGUCCAGCAGCUGAAAUGUGUGUGUGUGUGUGUGUGUGUGUGUGUGUGUGUGUGUGUGUGUGUGUGUGUGUGUGUGUGUGUAUGUGUAUAUACACAUACAUAUGUGUAUGUAUGUAUGUAUGUAUGUAUGUAUGUAUAAUGUGAUAUAUUAAGUGUUUUGUAGCAGUCUAGCACUGAGUGUACCCCGUAUCAGUCUGUAGCAAUCAAUCUGUUAGUGAUAUAAUACUCUGGACAUUAUACUGAGGUAAAUUUCUUCUUAGGAACUUAAAUCCCACGCCAAAAACCAAGCAUCACCUGAGAUAUUUAACCUCUUGUGUCAUUAGUGUGUGGUCAGUUUUGUUUCUGGAGCCUCAGUUGAAUGCAUUGUGAGCUCUUGAGUAAAUGUAGUUGAUCACCUGCUCUAGCUUUGUCUGCAGCAUAAUUCUCCUGGGUGUCAACCCAUUUAGGAUCUCUACCCUUUAUUGCUUAUGUGCUUCUUUUGCUCAGAUUUCUUAUUUCUCUCUGUCUUGUUUCUGUAAAAUAGCCAUAGGGCAUCAUGUUCUGUGGCCUUCUGCUGAAGGUUUAACGUGCAUACUCCAAGGUUUUGUUGUUAUCAGGGACUUUGAGCAAUCUGUGAUUUAAUGAAAUUGCCUCUUCGCUGUAGUGCGUCUGUUGUUUGAAUGUUUGAGAAGCUGAGGUGAUGCUGUGCUUGAGUUCAGAGGAGGUGCUCCGUCAGCUUCCUAAUGCUGAAGGAAGGUCCUGUAAAUCAUUCAUCUCAACCCCACCCCUUGUGCAAUUCAAGUAAAGAGGAGCUGCUGUAGUGUAUGAUAACACUAGCAGUCAGUGCCAGGCCAUGAACUGUCCUCAGUGUGUGUACAAACAGCAGCCAUCUGACAGCUGUUGUGUUUGGCAGCCCGGUUCAUGGCCAAUCAAACACAUGCCCAUAUGCAUCAACCGCUGUGUCAACAAACCUCCUAUUCGAGCGCACGGACAGCCCUGAGAUCAGACUUCAUCUGCACAAAAAUCAUAAUUCAAAAUCCUCUUCAGCCCCCUCGUAAAUCUCACUGCCAUCUAUGCUUGCUCUGGCUUUCAUUACUGCGGCUGUCGCUAAUUUAUGGUCCAGGUCCAGUGCUGUCGGUUGUGACGAGCCUGUUUGCCAUACAUUACAGCAUCAUCAGCACCCAUGACCCACACAUGUAUUGCCACUGCAACCUCAGUAGCGAUCACUGUGAGCAAAGCAUCCCUUCCCUUAGAUAUGCUGCCUAGAUAAUAAAGUCUCAGGUGUGACUGAAAAGAGGGAUCUUCAUCUCGCAGGCUUCGAGAUGACACUUGGAAUGAUGUAUGACCUGAAAUGUACAAGUUGAUGCGUGUUACCAGGGGGAAAAAAAAAAACAACUUAAUAAAGUUCUUCAAAACA